GACUUGCCCCUUGGACGUGCGGUAGGAUAGAAUAGCAGACAGUUAGCGGUGGGUCACAAGUACAACUCAGAUACUCCGCCACUCCGAUCGCCCACAGUACUUUUUUUCCCUUGUGGAUUGCCCACAUCCACUUCGACUUAAAACCCCCUCGCAAACGAAGUACUCCUCUAAAUUCACUGCACCCCCGCAAUCAUAAUGGCUUCAAAAAUGCCCCCUUUAGUUGCCAACAAUACAAUGCCUCGCGCCCUCUUAGUUUCUGAAAUUUUCUCGAACAUCAUAAGCUACGUCGGCACACCCCAAAUCACCGGGAUACCGCUUCGCAGAAGUGAUUCUACCAUACUUUCCAGGAGGACCUUGUUCGCCCUUGCAUUAACGUGUCGCGCGUUCUCGGAGCAAGCAUUGGAUGCUCUCUGGGAAACGAUUGUACGCAUUGUUCCCCUCCUGCAAUGUGCUGCGAUUAUUCUGCCACCGAAAACACUCUCGCAAGAUGAUGAAGACUUCUGCGUCAUCCCAACAGAGUCUCAGCUGGCUAUCAUUAAUCGCUACGCACACCGUGUCCGGUUUUUAACCAUGCCCUAUGACCAGUUGCCGGGUCAUGUCGAAUACUUUUUGCAAACCUUUGUCUGCUCCUCUAAGGUCCUGCUGCCAAAUUUACGAGGCUUAGAGCAUCUUACCCUCAUCACUUAUUACUACAAAAAAUGUGGGGGCUACGAAGGUGAUGAGGAGCAUGUUUUGCCUGCAUUUGGCAUGGUCAUACGGUCAUUGCCUUCAUCUUGUCCAUUACUCGAAAGCUUCAAGGUUUACGUCGAGAAUUGGAAUUGCAAUGCACGUGAUGUACUGUGUGAUGCGUUCGCUCGACCACUGUCGCAUGCUAUCCAAAACUUGCAGAAGCUGCAUACAGUCGUUACUCCAGCCAUCACCAAGGAUGCCCUGACUCAUCUGGGUGAUCUGUCGUCUCUUACCAGCCUCCAGACGCCUCUUCCCACCGGCAGUGAUCUCGAAGAUAUUUUGGGCUCAUCCCACGGCCCCUUCCUCUUCAAGAACCUUGAAAGCGUUGAUUGGGUAAUUACAGAAUGGCAAGACAUCGAAGUCCUCACACGUCUAUGGCCUCGUAAACUCCCCACAUUGUCACUUCAAUCCAACGCGAUCAAGUUCGAUGCAGGCGCACUGCAGGUACUUUUUGCCGCGCUCCAUACGCGCGAGGUUUUCAGGUACCUGCAGCGUAUACACUUAUCCGACUUUCAAUCCCGAUCCCCACACACAGAAGACAUCACAAUCGAAACCAUACGGCCGCUCUUCUACCUCAGUCACCUUCAGGUUGUGGACUUCAAUAUGGCAUCCUCUAUUGACAUCGACAAUGAUGACCUGGAGGAAAUGGCACAAGGCUGGCCUUGUCUUGAGGUGUUGCUCCUCAACGAGAAACGUGGGUGCAAUGCUCCCAAUCCAGUUACACUGCUCGGGUUUGUCAACUUCGUCGAUCUGUGCCCUCGGUUGAAAAAACUCUGCAUUGGUAUUACGCUCAUUGAUAUGGAUGAAGACUUUGACCUGGAUAUGAAGAGCUUACUCAACCUCGAGCCUCGACGUGACUCAGAUACUUUAGAAUAUCUCAAGUUGACAUGCCCCCAUGACGAGAAAAACAUAAUUUGUGACUGGGGCUCAAGGGUGGGUAUGCUUAUAGCAAAGCUUUUCCCUCGGGUGGGACCCUUUGGGGAGCGUGAUAGAGAAGGGGAGGACCGGCACGAAUAUUACCUCGUGUAGUGUUAACAAGACCAAUCGGUCAACAUCAACCCUGUCAAUGCAGAUGCAUUCUUAUCGUGAUACUCCCGAAACAGAUACUAGAAAAAAGUUGUUAGCCUUUAGUCAAGCUAUAAUAGACUCUCUAUUCUUUUCAUUCCCUUUUCG